GAACACAAAGCACUGUGGGUUGAUUUCCGAGGUGCACUGUGGGAAGGGCUUGUUGCGACGGUGUUGUUGGAAAUUAGGCUCUUGCUGUCGUUGAAACGCAGGGGACAAGAUGCCGGAGCGAGAUAGCGAGCCGUUCUCCAAUCCUUUGGCCCCAGAUGGCCAUGAUGUGGAUGAUCCUCACUCCUUCCAUCAAUCAAAGCUUACCAAUGAAGACUUCAGGAAACUUCUCAUGACCCCGAGGGCUGCGCCCACCUCUGCGCCACCCUCUAAGUCACGUCACCAUGAGAUGCCAAGGGAGUACAAUGAGGAUGAAGACCCAGCUGCACGAAGGCGAAAAAAGAAAAGUUACUAUGCCAAGCUUCGCCAACAGGAAAUUGAGAGAGAGAGGGAGCUAGCAGAGAAGUACCGGGACCGUGCCAAGGAACGGAGAGAUGGUGUAAACAAAGAUUACGAGGAAACCGAGCUGAUAAGCACCACGGCUAACUACCGGGCUGUGGGCCCCACUGCUGAGGCGGAUAAGUCCGCUGCGGAGAAAAGAAGACAGCUGAUCCAGGAGUCUAAGUUCUUGGGUGGUGACAUGGAACACACCCAUUUGGUGAAAGGCCUGGAUUUUGCUCUCCUUCAAAAGGUACGAGCUGAGAUUGCGAGCAAAGAGAAAGAGGAAGAGGAACUGAUGGAAAAGCCCCAGAAGGAAACCAAGAAAGAUGAGGAUCCUGAAAACAAAAUUGAAUUUAAAACACGUCUGGGUCGCAAUGUUUACCGUAUGCUUUUCAAGAGCAAAGCAUAUGAACGGAAUGAACUCUUCUUGCCAGGCCGCAUGGCCUACGUGGUGGACCUAGAUGAUGAGUAUGCGGACACAGAUAUCCCUACCACUCUUAUUCGCAGCAAGGCUGAUUGCCCCACCAUGGAGGCCCAGACCACACUGACCACAAAUGACAUUGUCAUCAGCAAGCUCACCCAGAUCCUGUCAUACCUGCGUCAGGGAACCCGCAACAAGAAGCUUAAAAAGAAGGAUAAAGGGAAGUUGGAAGAGAAGAAACCUCCAGAGGCUGACAUGAACAUUUUUGAAGACAUUGGUGAUUAUGUCCCUUCCACCACCAAGACACCUCGGGACAAGGAACGGGAGAGAUACCGGGAACGGGAGCGUGAUCGGGAGAGGGACCGAGACCGUGACCGAGAGCGUGAACGAGAACGAGAGCGGGAGCGGGAGCGAGAGCGGGACCGAGAGAGGGAGGAGGAAAAGAAGAGGCACAGCUACUUUGAGAAGCCAAAAGUGGAUGAUGAGCCCAUGGACGUCGACAAAGGACCUGGCUCUGCCAAGGAGUUGAUCAAGUCCAUCAAUGAAAAGUUUGCUGGUUCUGCUGGUUGGGAAGGCACUGAGUCGUUAAAGAAGCCAGAAGACAAAAAGCAGCUGGGAGAUUUCUUUGGCAUGUCGAACAGUUACGCAGAGUGCUAUCCAGCCACGAUGGAUGACAUGGCUGUGGAUAGUGAUGAAGAGGUGGAUUAUAGCAAAAUGGACCAGGGUAACAAAAAGGGCCCCUUAGGACGCUGGGACUUUGAUACGCAGGAGGAAUACAGCGAGUAUAUGAACAACAAGGAAGCUCUACCCAAGGCUGCAUUCCAGUAUGGCAUUAAGAUGUCUGAGGGGCGGAAAACUCGGCGCUUCAAGGAAACCAAUGACAAGGCAGAGCUUGACCGCCAGUGGAAGAAGAUAAGUGCGAUCAUUGAGAAGAGAAAGAAGAUGGAGGCUGAUGGGGUUGAAGUCAAAAGACCAAAGUACUAAUCUCCAGUUCCAACUGGAGAAUUUCCACAGGCUCCCCACUGCUUUCUAUAGUUCCCAGAAAGGUUGCAAGGUGUUUUUGUGAAUGUAUAUAAAAUUUUGUCGUAUAAUCAUUGGUUCCAUUAAAAUUGGUUAACCUGC